AUGGAUGUUUUAGACGAAUGCAGGGGACCGAAUAAGGGAGUCCAGGCCAACUUCCUCGAAGUGUUCGACAGAAAGAAACGAAAGUUGUCAACAAAAGGUGUCAAAAUACUGGACGAUACCAAAGUGGACGACAAUUUUACAAAGAAUGGCAAAAAUUUUAUGACAAGGAGUAUCCAGGUAGAAAUAGAGUUGGAAGCAGAUGAAAAAAUCCAGGAAAUUUCAAAAUACAGUAAAUCUGGAAAUGGUAGCAGGGUUCAUAGUCCAGAUAUUGAUGAUCUUUGUAGAAAGAAAUUCAAGCCUAUUGCACCUAAGCCUAUUCUUGGAAAGGACCAACAUCAGCCAGUUGUUGUGGCAACUGUUCCUGUCAAGUUUGUGUCAUCAUGUAAUACAACACCAAGUGAAAACUCUAAGUUGAACACAAUGUCCUCAGAUUGCAGAACAAUGGUGUUGAACUCUGGUUUUUCAGUUCUAGGGAAUGCACCAAUUAUAUUACAGUCGGGUAGCAAGCACAUGGAUGGUGGUAUUACGAAAGUUUUUACACUUAAUGCUCAAAAUAUGACUUCCGAUGGAAUUGUUCAGGUUGUCGUGCCACCGCCUAAUUCAAGUAUCACUGCCAUGCCAAGCCCAAAUAUGGGCAUGAAUCACAGUACUCUGUUGUCGCAGACGUCUCUAAGUAAUAUUACUGAGCAGCAGUCGCAGGAUAUAAACUGGGCCAGUGCUAAAGCAAUGAUGAAUGGUGUUCAAGCCCAGAACUACGCAGCAAUGCAACAGACUCAAAGCCAUGUGCCGGCAGGAUUAAAUAUGUCAAAUACAGUUGGAAAUAAUAAUAUUCCAGUGAAUGCUAACCUACCUCAAAAUGUGAAAGAUAUUCUGCGAUUACGACCAAGUAAAUACAAAUACAGUUUGUUACUGAAUAGUCCUAUGUAUAGCAAUAUUAAGACAGCUAUGGGUAUUACACCAAUGCCUAAUGCUGCUGUGAUUGCAGAGAAUACUUCCCAAGGUUACCAAGUUGCUAGCAAUGUGUCUCAUAAUAAUAUGCCUGUUGUACCUGCAUCAUAUGGCAAUACUGCUGCUCCACUUAUGUCACCUGUUUUAAUAAGUGCAGUCCAGCCUACAAAUGUUAGUGCUGUUCAAUUAUCUAUGUUACCCCAGGGACAAACUGUUAUGACACCAGUAAUGAACCCUUCACAGCUAUCUCCUGCUUUACAUAGUCCUGGUAUUCCAAUUCAAACUUCCAUCCCGCCUAUAUCUGCAAACACAGUAGGAACCGAGGCAAGAAACGUAAAUAAUUCAAAUUCAGGAAUAUUGUAUCAAAACAAUAGCCAAUCCCAGUCCUAUGCAAGAACUAUGCCUAAUACCUCUGCUUUAUAUAGUGUGCCAAAACCAACGGGACAAUAUGUGCAGUCUUAUGCAAGUACCAAUCAACCAUUAAGGACGUCUUCGCAACAAAAACAUCCAAGUUUUUUUAUUGAUACUGACAUGGUGAUAAGAAACACUGCAAACAUGUCUCAACCAACAUUAAUUCCACCUGUACAUUCAGUGAAUACAUCAAGGAUGUUGCACAUUCCCCCAGUAACAUCAACAGUCAUUUCUGAAACCUGUACUUCCUUCAGAACUGAUUCUCAGUCUGUAUCUGUCUCUGAAACUAGCAUCAAUUCUACUGCAACAGGUUCAACCAGUCCAGCUGUAACUACAUGGACACCCAAACCAAGUACACCAGUGUCCACUCAUGUUGUGACAAUGUAUAAACCACCAUCGUUGAGUACUAUGAUUUCCAAUCUAGCAGCUCAAAUGCCGUAUCAGAGACUACCGUUAUCACGAUCACAUCCUGCCCAAGCGCAACAGAUUCAACAACCAUUCCAAUCACAGUUGCAACAGCAGCCUCAACCAGUCAGUAUUUCUGGAUUAAGCAGACUACCAUUAUCUCUUCAGGAGCCAACCCAGACAGCUACCACUAUGUUUAUUCCACAUUUACAAAAUCAUUCAAGAGAAAAUAGAAUUCCCAGCAAAACUCUGAACACAAGCAAAUUGUCCAUGAGUGAAAACUCCACAAUCAAUAAGACGCAUUGUGAAGGAUUACUUUCAGUUCCAACAACUUCCACAAGACAAGUUCACAUGUAUCAACCAAAUGCUUCUAAUAGUGUUGUCAGUAACUCUAAUAAUAGAUUUUCCUCAUCUCCUGUUACAAGUAAUUUGAAUGUUGGUCAAAAAGUAAAUGCUUCUCCUGUUCAACAGAGUCCGACAAGUUCAUUAUCAACAGUGUCUUCUGCGAGUUCUAUUGCCCCAACAAAUGGGGCAUACUUUGCUCACCAAAUUACUUCUACUAGUUUGAUGCCCAGACCAUCAAUCCAUCCAUCGUCAACUUUUUCUCAACAAGUUGCGUCAACUGAUGCGAUUCCCGGACCACCAAUGCAGCUCACGUCACCUUUACCAGUAACUUCCAUAGUCCAUGUUGCUUCUACAUUGCCAGUCAUAUCAAGUACUUUUCAUAACAUAAAUGCUAAUAAGAAUUCCUUUGUUCAAUCUGCAUAUCCACCAACAUUACAAUACUCCAAUGGCUACACAGGCACAUCCCCAGCCCCAGCUUCAGCAGCAAUACCUGUUGCAAUCUCCAGACAACCCAACAGUGCUACGUUUCAAAAUCUAACAAACACUAUAUCCAGGAAUGUUCCAAAUUCAUUGAAUUCAAAUGCAGUUUCCAAUGACACACCAAGGCCUGAGAAUGCUAACCGCUCUCAACAUCUUCAUCUACCCUCAAGGACUACUCCACAUGUAAUACAAAAUGUUCCACGAUGUUUACAGUCAACGUUGAUACCAAUGAGUGAUGGUGUCUCACAGGCUAGACAGAAUUCAAGGAAAUCACCUUCCUCUACAGCUUCUAUUACCCUGCCGAUAAGGACGUCAAUUAUUCCUCAGAGAUCAGUAUCUUCACUUCACAUGGAACAUCCUGCUCCACCACCACCACCUAUUUCAAGAUCAAAUAUUGCUGCCCCAGUUUGCCAGAUUUCUGCUGUGUCAUCAACAUCAAGAAGUGAUACAACAUCUCUUUCAUGGCCAGCACAUGCAGCAGCCAUAUCUACUCAACACCAUGUUCCUCUGGUAACUGUUACAACAGCACCAGUCAAUUCCAGACUUUCAAACAUCAAUAAUACAUCAUUCACUUUCUCAAACCAUCCAAGGAGCUCAAUGUGUUCUAGUAAUGUACAAUUAAAUAAUAACAUUCCUACCACAUCCAGCAUUGGGACAAGUAUCUCAACUAUGUUUUCUCCACCCUCAAUGACAAUGGCUCAUUCUGGAUGUGCAACACAACAAAGAUUACAAAGAAAAUCUACCAGUGGUGGUACUCCAAGUCCAUCUCAACUACCUAUGAAUGUAGUGUCAGAGGGACAGAGGUUCACACAGAACAUAGCCAGAAAUGUGCUAAGUGUACCACCGUUUGUAAAUCAGUCAGGCAUAGCAUUCAGUCAGCAAAGGGGGAAUUUAACACAAAACUCCUCUACCAACAAUUCAGUGAGAAGUCCGACCAUGCCAAAUGCUAUAGGGACUUCUGUUCAACCAGGUUUAUCACCAUACAUUGAAAACAAUGUUUGUGUUUCCAAUCAAUUUAUCGGGAACCAAUCUUCAAAAAAUUCUAAUCAGUUGAGUCAUGGGACAUCUACUCUUCAACUGCAAAAUGUAACAUCUGAUACUUGUGUUAAUAGGGACAUGGAUCAAAUCACAAGACCAGUGGUCAGUGUUGUCAGUCCAACAUCUAGUCACACAAGUCCGACAACCUCUAAUAAUUUACAACAAAAAACGAUGCCAACUGGGCAUUCUGAACAAAACCCCAGUAGCAAUGUUAUGCGCUUAGGACUAGAUCAAUCCACAGGAGUUGAUGUGCCAAUGCAAAUGACAAAUCAGACAACAAUAUUAAAUACACUAACCCUAAGACAAAAACAAGGCAGAGGAACACGUUCCAUUCAAAACAGGCAAGUACUGCCCUCACAAAUAACUGGCAAACAGCUAGCAAACUCAUCUGAUUCAAGUUUACCUACAAGGCAACCAAGAUUUCCCAAACUGUAA